CACGAGCGCUUGUCGUAUAAACGCGUCUGCCCAGACUCUGAAAGCGCCAGUAGUCGUUUGAUUAUUUUCGGCGCGAGUAUAGCGCGCAGCUAACGGUAUAACGUAAACAGCUCGUGUGUAUAAACGUACACGUAUUGGUAGUGGUAGUAGUCGAGAGCCGGCGAGGCCGAGAGCGUAAUCGCGAUGUGGACACGGCGUUAUUGCGACAGUGCGGUUGUACGUGGUUUUUAAAACGGAAUCGUCUCCGGCCCGAUGUAUCAUGUGGCUUUUGUGCUUUGGGAUGUACUGUGAUACUGCAGUGAUCGAGUGGAAUUUUUAACACAGAGAAGGCGAUGGAGAAGAAGAAGAAAUCGAGGAACCUGAGCCCCAGGCACAAGGCCAAUUGUUUCAGCAGAUUUGUGUUCUGGUACCUCAAACCCCUGCUCGACUGCGUGAGAAACGACAAAGUCCGAGCGUCGCAUCUGAGCUUCGAUUCCCCGUCGAGCGACCGGAGCGAGAUUCUUGGCAACAAACUCGAAGCGAAAUGGAAGAAGGAGGUGGAGGACGUAGCCAAGGCCGAAAGCGGAGGUCCGAGGUUGUGGCGAGCGAUUUUUUGGGCUUUCAAGUGGUACUUCGCGCAGCACCUGCUGCAGGUGCUUUUCCUGGAUCUGAUCGUUAGCGUAGUGCAGCCGCUGCUUAUAGUCUCGAGCUUGGACUACUACAGGCUGCAGAGCGAGCCGAUACCGAUUUCCCACAUCAGCUCACGCGGCGCAGCUUACGCUGUGCUUUUGAGCUUGCAGGCAUUACUGGCGUCUCACGUGCGACUACAGCAGCGGGAAAACGGCGCCAGACUGAGAUCGGCUUGUGCCUCCCUUAUUUACCGAAAGAUAACUAGACUCUCCUGCUCGUCGGCUAGUCAAACGACCUCCGAAGCCAUAAUCCGCUUGCUCGAAGAGGACGUGAAGAAUUUCGACAAAUUUUUUGCCUACGUCCACAAUAUUUGGAUUACGCCUUUACAAGUGAUCGUCGUCACGUGUCUCGUGUACAACAAAGUCGGAGCAUCUUGUUUGUUCGGAAUUUUGCUGCUGUUGUUGCAAGGAGUUCCUGUAAGACUGUACAGCAACAAAAUAGCCACUGGCUUCCAGUCCAAAGUCGCGUUAUGGACGCAGGAGAGAAUUUCGAUAACGAGGGAAGUGCUUCGGAAAAUUCGAGAGGCGAAGAUCUUCUGCUGGGAAGAGCUGAUCGAAAAAAGCCUGUACAUCAAUCGACACUACGAAAUCGACAUCCUCAAAAUCGCUUCCUUCGCCAAAGGCCUUAAAUUGGCCGCCUACAUCUUUUCCGAGUACACGUCGCUGUUCUCUGUGAUUUUGGUUUACACUUUGCUAGGAUACACUGCCUUCGAACACGAAAAGAUUUUCCUCGUCGUUUUGUAUGUUUACGUUCUCCACGAGUCCAUGAUAUUUACGUUUCCAAAGGCUGUGACCACCGUAGUUCAGGCGAACGGUUCCGUUAAAAGAAUCGAGCAAUUCCUGCGUUUAGAGGAAGUCGAACCGAACCUGGCCUUGUCGAUGUUGAGCAACGACGACUCGAGCAUUUCAGUCAAGGACGUCAGCGCCUCGUGGGCCAAAAAUGCUAAUGUCAAUCUGCUGGAGAGCAUCGACGUCUGUGUACCGCCGAAAAAAUUGUACGGAGUUUCGGGACCAGUCGGUGCGGGAAAGACGUCUUUUCUGAAACUGAUACUGGGAGAAUUGCGACUCACGUCGGGCGAAAUAUCCGUAAACGGAAGCAUAUCCUAUGCCAGUCAGGAGCCUUGGUUCUUCUUCGGAACAUUGAGAGACAAUAUUCUGUGCAGCGAAGUGUACGACGAGCUGCAUUACAGACAGUUGACAGCUAUGUGUGGACUGGAUCAGGUCUUCGAGAUUCUACCAAAGGGAGACGAGACUGUGAUGUUGAGUGGCGAGACGAAGCUGACGGACGAGCAGCUGAUGAAAAUUAACUUGGCGAGGGCUCUUUACAGAGAAGCGGAUAUUUAUCUUCUAGACGAAAUUUUCACUCUUUUGGACGACAAAGUUUUCGAAGCCUGUAUGAACGGUGUCCUGAAGGACAAGACGAGGAUCAUCGUCUUUGAACAAGACUCGCCGCUUCUGAUGCUGGUUGAUGAAAUCAUCUUGUUCGAACAUGGUCAAAUCGAAUUCCAAGGCACCUACGAGAGCUACGAGCAGAGCAGCAUGUUCGUCGAGCCUCAGAACAGAAAGAUCGAAGCUCCAGCAGUGGAAAAAACAGACGUGAUACGCGUCACGACUUUACCACUGAACACCUAUCAUCAUCAAGAGAAAAGCAAGGAAAAAGAGCCAGAUGAAACCGAGGAGCUUCUGACGAAAUCGAGUAACUCCGACUGGCUCUACUGUUGGUAUCUGAAAACCGGUAGCUCUCACGUAACUCUCGGCUUCUUGUUGCUCUUCUGCAUCUUGGCUGAGGCGUCCGUGUGCGGCAGCGAUUACUGGCUAGGAUACUGGACAGACAACUGGAAUGAACCACGGCAGAGCGAUGGCGACUAUCUCAUCUACGUCUACUCAGUUUUGGUCGUGGGAACGGUAGCUUUCUUCGCGUUGAGAAAUGUCAUUUUCCUGAAGAUUUGUCUGGACGGCAGUGAGAAGACACACAACAAGAUGGUCUCGCGAUUGUUGAGAACUCCCAUGAGGUUCUUCUACGACAAUCCACCUGAGUUAGUCCUGCAAAGGUUCUCAGAUGACAUCGGGCGGAUAGACAACAACCUACCCGAGGCUAUGCUCGAGGUGUCCCACAUAUCAUUCGCUCUUUUCGGUGCGAGUUUACUUCUGGCUGUGAUCAACUACUGGUCCAUCAUCCCAAUCUGCGCGAUAGGCUUCCUCUACUAUAGACUGACUUGUCUCUAUGCUUCGACGAUUCCGAAACUCAGACUACUGGAGCAUAGUGCAAGUAAAAAGACCCUCAGCCACGUGGAAUCGACCAUCAGUGGCCUUCCAACGAUCCGAAACAGUCGAGCCCAGCGACUGGUCCUCCGAGGCUUCUCUGCCAGUCAGGACUCGCGCAGUUCCGCUCGGAAUCUGGUGCUUUCUUCCAUAGCUGGUGUCAGAUUUUGGCUAGAUUUGCUGCUGACCAUUCUGGGAGCCUUGAUAGUCGUUGGAUUCAUAGCACUCAAAGAAAAGCUAGUUUUAGACACUUCUUCAACCAGAAUCGAAACGUUGGCGGGUAUUGCGUUGACGCUCAAGCAGUUUAUGGUGAUCGCAAGGAUGGCGAGAUUAGGUUUGAAGGCAUCAGCCAAAGUGGAAGAGCAGAAGGAACGUCUCCAAAAGAUAGUCGGUUUCACUGAGCUCGAGCUGGAGGCUCUGUAUAAAAACGAAGCCAAAGAGAAGCAGUUGAAGUCAUGGCCGAGUAAAGGUGAAGUCAAAUUCGAUCAUCUGUACGUCAGGUACAGUGAAUCCGAUGAACCAAUUCUGGUUAAUCUCGAUUUCACCAUUGAACCUGGAUCAAAGGUCCUCGUUAUCGAAAACGCCGAGUCGCAAAAAUCAUCCCUCACCUCAGCUCUCUAUCGUCUGGCGGAAAUCGAAGGAUCUUUGAUAAUCGACAACAUCGACUGCAUCGAAAAUCUGAGUCUUCAUCAGCUGCGCCAGACAAUAGCCUACGUUACCCAGGAAUCGGUUUGCCUGGCGGAAAGUAGUAGUCCGAGAGAUAGUCUUGAUCCUGAUGGAGAGUUCAAAGACGACGAUAUUUGGGAUGCGUUGGAGCUCGUCGAUUUGAAGAGGUCGUUUGCUUCUUUGGACCAUUCGUGCUGUCAGCUUUGUCCCUUCAAACGCAAGCUCUUGUCCCUGGCUCGAGCAGCUCUUCGAAAAAGUAAGAUCCUCGUGGUGGACGAGACCGCAGGAACCGACGACUCGGACGAGGUUCUUCAGAGGCUCUUGAAAGACAGCUUCGCGGAUUGCACCAUUCUGACGAUCGCGUACAAGUCACGCGUGCCCAAAUUACACUGUGAUAAAGUAGUGGUGAUCAGCGAGGACGGAGAGGCUACAGAGUACGAGUGUAGAGAUGGUGGUAUUAAAGACGACAGGAUUUUUUCUUAGAUUGUGAUCCAGAUAUUGACAUUUUUUUUAUGAUGGAUGAUAAAUUAAAAAUCUAAGAUAUGAUAGUAACUGACAAAUGAAAAUUGUAAAUAUUUUUUUAUAACGAACAUUAACAUAUCGUUUUUUAAAUUUGUAAUAUAAGCUUUUAGUUAUAAGAAAUAAUUCCAUAGUUUUAAGAUCUCUAACUUCUCCUACCAUUAAAAUAUUGUACAUAUCAUGAACAUUUAUACAAUAAGAUAUCGAGUAUAUUUGUAUAUGAAACGAUCGAAUGCAAGGACAUGUGUGUUAUCGGUAUUGUUAUUGUAAAUAAAAGAAACAAAAUAAAAUAAAAGACUUAUAGAAAUA